AGAACGGUUGGACAAUUAGGACCUGCUCCUGCCGUCCUGAGUUCAAGUGCAGAGCUGCUUAAUUGGGUCUUGAGAAGCAAUGGCCACAGAAGCUCCUGUAAACAUAACCCCCCCUGAAUGUGGCACUGUUAUCAGCACAGCGGCUGACAGCUUCGUUUGGCAGCCAGACAUGCACGUCAUAAGGCCCAAGUCCGCCAAGGGACGGACGCGGCCCAGUCUGCACAAAUCCCAGGGCGCAGAGGUGGGCUCUCAGCGCACACCGCCUUGCCUGCCUCCAGCCAUUCCCUAUGAGUUGCCAAGCAGCCAGAAACCAGGAGCCUGUGCACCCAAAUCUCCGAAUCAGGGAGCUCCUGAGGAGGUCCCGGAGCUGCCGCAGCAGGUGUCCUUCGGGGGUUCGUCUUCCCUCAAUAAAUACCCAGUUCUUCCUUCCAUCAACAGGAAGACCCUGGAGGAGAGGGCUGUGGAAACCGUGGCCGAAAAGGCCGGCUCACUGCAGCUGAGCGGCAUCCAGGCUCUGUACCGAGAGGAGUCCUGCACCAGGAAGAUGAGCACAGAAGAUUCCAGAGCCCGAGCUCGUUCCCCGGAGAGGAAAUUCAUUGUCCAAACCAAGAGACAGAGCCCCUCCGGGCCUGGAGACCUGGAGGAACCAUCAGAUCAGGAGCCAAGGCUGCUGCUUGCUGUCAGAUCACCCUCAGGUCGAAGGUUUGUACGCCAUUUCCGGCCAACCGACAACUUACAGACCGUUGUUGCUGUGGCUGAGCACAAGAACAAGGCCAGCUACCGACACUGCAGCGUUGAAACGAUGGAGGUGCCCAGGAGACGUUUCUCUGACCUCACCAAAUCUCUGCAAGAGUGCAGAAUCCCCCACAAGUCGGUGCUGGGCAUCUCCCAGGAAGAUGGGGAGGGGUGGCCAUGAGUCUGCAGCCACCCAGCUGGGGUCCUGGGUCUCUGAGCAAGGAGCGUGCUCAGGUGCCAUGGCCUCCCAGGCAGCUUGGUUCGAAGUGCCAUGUGAACCUGGUGUGGCUGUGAUGCUUGGGACUCUUGUCUUCACAGCAUCUCCUUUGAAGCAGUGAAAUUUGCACAGGCACUGGGUGCCUUAAGAAGAUUCUCUUCCAGUUGUUAAAUUCUCUCCACCACUGGGAUGAACUGGCAAGUUCCCGAGGCGGUUCCUGAAACAGCUGCAACCAGGCCUUCUCCUUUCCAGAGUUUUGGGUCCCUCUGGAGCACCUGUUUGCCUUUACAAUGAACUCUCACUCUCUUGAAGCCAAUGGUUUGCCUUUCUGUAUUUGAUGCGGGAUUAAACACUUCCCAGAGAGGAUUCUAGUCUGGUAAAUAACCAGGGUUCAGGAAAUGUCGACGUGGCAUUUGUAUUUCUUGCAAGCAUCUUUGAGAAACAGGCGGUUGACCCUCUCGUGGAAGGAGCCCCUUUGCUGGGCUCGACGUGUCGAGGUUUUUGGGGAUUACUGUUUGUGUGAGGUGGCUUCAGAGGAAAGAGCAGCUCUUUUGCUAAUACAAACAUGCCAGCACAUCAACAUUGCUAAGCAGUCUGAGAGCUGGAAAGUCACUUGCUACCACAACCGUGGAUUAGCCAGUAGCUACUUUUUAAGAGAGACUGACGAGAUUUUACAACUUUUGGUAGGUACUCACUGUGUGCAAAAUUUUUCCAAAGCUGAGAAAAGCCGGUGUAAUCUGAUUCCCUUUGCUUUUGUCAGUAAUGGAAUCUUUUGUUUUUAAAAUGCACAAGGCUCUAAGUCUGUACAAGUUUAUACUCAAGGCCUCCUUGGCUUAUCUGGUUGUGGGUACAUCGUGUUAUCUCCCAGUUUCAGUGUCUCGCCUACUUCAAACACAGAGGCGCCCCUGAAGCGACAACAGUGCCCCUGUUCUCUGAUUUAGAAUCCUCUGGAGGAGGAAGGCGCCUCAGUUUGGUGUCACUUUGCUGUCCCUGUGCUGGGAGACCAUGUGCCCGAGUCUGGUUGAUGGGCGUGAAGUGCCUCUGACUGCCUUAGCCUGGAGCUGUGUUGAAGACCACAGAGUCUUGUUUUUCCAACUCUGCAGUGGUGACGUGGACAGUUUGCCAAAGUUCUCUUGUACUGUAAGUUCAGCAAGAGUGCCACCUCUCCUCUGGAUCCCCUUUAUGGCCAAAUCACCGUUCAGAGUAGGGAACACUUGUCCCCCCAAGCUUAACCAUCACAAAGCCCCGAGUACUGCUAUGGACCCCACUUCCUGGGUACACAGAGAAGGCAGGAGUCCUUUCUGGGUUGCUUUCAGUGUUGCUGCCUCAGCAACAAGUGUAUCUUGUGCAUAGAUAAGGGAUGUGGUUGGAAAUGUGACUCCCAGCAAAUCGAUACUUAGCCAUGGAGAUUAGUACCACCAUCAUUUCCUCUGAAGAAGGCUCUCCUUGUCCUGGCUGCAUCCCACACCAGCCAGAUCACUCUAGAAGAGAUUAUUCCUAAAUGUUUCAUGAAAUUUCUUAAUACCAUCCUUCAUACCACUUCUUAAGACCAUUUGUUCAGCUGCUCCUUUGCCUGCCAAGGUCGGCUGGGGCUCGCAGUGCCUUGAGCAGGCCCACGCAACUGGCCACCUCUCCCAAUCAGUGACCCUGGCAGAAGGGCCUGGUGGCUCGAGUCUGGUCCUCCUGGUACAGGAGUUCCACCUCCCAGCCAGGACUCAAUCUCCUAACUCUGCCUCUGAUGUAGGAGCAGGGGGAAGAGCCUCCCACAGACCCACACCUCCUCUGUGGUAAGAAUAAACUCCCACCCACCUGGGACUCGGUAAUUGCUCGAGGCAGGAAAUCUUUAGAAAACUUCAGUGCAAUGGAGCAUGUUUGAAGGGGUUGGAAUCUUCCACACUUCGGGGUUUGCUGCUGCUGUUUACCUUAGAAUUUGGGGGUGGCGAAAACAACGGAAGGCAUAAAGCAUAGAAAUAUAUUAGGAUAUGUGAAUAAAGCUAGAUUUGAACCACCUUAAUAAACACUUUUGGGGGGGACAAAAGAUGAUGAUACUAACAAUAAAAACCGGUUUGUGUGAAACUGAGUCAGUGGAGAAGCGUAUCUUGUGUUUUAGCCCAGACUUCCACUGCCACACUUAGUGGUCAGAGGGGCUCGUGAGUCGGAUCCUCGGGUUUCUCCUUGGCAAAGCACUUGGCUCUGCCGUUAAAUCCUAGUCCUCUUGCCCAGGGUUGCAGAUGCCCACUUUCCUCUAUCUCUUGCUUUCCGCUUAGAUCAUAGCACCACGCUCGUCUGUGUGGCAAGAGAUGCCUGAAUUUCUCCCCAGAAUAAUUCCACGUACUCUCCUUUUGAAGCUGGCAAGAACAGACUAUAUCAGAAUUUCAGAGUUCUUGGUGGCUCUGCACCAAUUAGGCACCCUGGCCUACUGGGCUAAACUGGGCCCAGUGUGCUACUCUUGGUGGCCCUGGGUAGGUCACUUUGCCCACCCUGUGGUCACAGACCUCAGUCAUCCAUUUAACCAACAGUCACUGAGGGCCUACCCUCUGCCACACUUGGUGUCAGGCGUUGGUGCCCUAGCAAGAGAGCAUGGGCAAGAAAAUCUGAAACACCUCUGGACUCCGAACUCAAAGCGCUGGAAGGCAGUAGCUGGAGCUUCACCGGGAAGGCCCCUGGAGUGAGGAUGAGGCUGGCUCUCUGCCCUGUCUUCUCCCCACCUCGUGGAAGUGCCCGGGUAACUUGUCCCCACCUUUUCUCGUGCUGGCACAAGAGGUUGCUCAUUAGGGACAGAACUUUGCACAGGACAAAGCUUCAUGACGAGUUAGUCCAGUAUAUCCCUGGGAAAGUCCACUAGGUAAACUAGUCCUGGCAGCAGGAGGAACAGCAGGAGAAAUAAGUGACUCAUCGAGAAUCCAAAAAGUUUUCACCAACAGAUGGCAGGUGGUUUUGACACAACAGUCCUUGCCCUGAAAGGACCUGGAGACCCAGCCAGCAGCCGCCAAGCCAGGGCAGUCCUGCGGCAGAGACCCGGUGAACCUGACCGUGGCCAGCAGUACCCCAGAGCUCCCUGCUGCGUAAGAUGCUUUACAGACAGAGAAACCAAGUCUUGAGGCUCCUGCUCCAAUUAACCUUACACACUGGUGAGAGAUCACUAUCACUGUCAUGUGUCGCAAAAGUGGGCAUUCCAGGCGCUGAAGUUUGCUCUUGUUCAUGCUUUCAUCACCGUUUUAAAUGGGUUUCUAACAUCAUAUAGAGCCAACCCACCCCGAGAGGCAAAGAAGUUUCUCUUUACGUGAUUUUCUGUUGAGGUCUUCCUAAUAAGGUGAGAUCAAAAGAUGCACAGUUUCCUGCGGUUUGGGCGUUAUUUUAGAUGAGCCCUUUAUAUGGUAAGAUCAUCUACUUUUCUACCUUUUAAAUAGAAUUGCGAAGAAAACGUGGUUAUUUUACUUUAGCAUUGGUUUGGAAAUCGUUCUGAGAAUUAAGCAGGACCAUCUGUUUUCUUAGUCCCCUAAGGCAACACACGACAAUGAAGAUAAAAGUUCUCGAGCCUGUUUAGCCUCGCCCCGAAACCAGAACGAACCCAAACCCCACUAUAUCAGCAGCGAAGGUCAGAGGCCACUGCGGAGGAGGCAAGCCAAGUGGAGCGGACUUUCGGCGACUCGCCAACACACAAGACAGUAACUCAUGUUACAAAAAUAAAGUUGGGUGUUUUAUUUUGUC